AUGGCUAGCAAUGCGGAAGAACCACCAGCGAAGCGGCGGCAUGUUUCUAAUUCUCAAAGUCGACAGGUUGAAACAGUCGAUGACGACCUGAAACUUGGGAGUGCAAGAGACGAGACGAGCAGACAUCACAGAAAAGGGAAAGGGAAAGGGAAAUGUGAACGGCAGUCGUGGUCUUCAAAGUCCUCGUCUUCGUCUUCGCCUUCUGGGAGGCGCUCACCUCAACGACCACAGUCACUACAUGAUCUUCCCACGAUCACGGCAACAGAGAGCAGUGGUCUGGAUCUGGACUCGGAUCAUGAUGCUGAUGAAAAUGAAAAUGAAAAUGAAGAGGAAGAGGAAGAAGAACCAACGUCAUCUUCAGGGACUGACGAAUCCGACACCGACUCGGACUCGGACUUCGAUGAAGGGAGCGACGCUACCCUCACCGCCAACCAUCUACUAGACAUGUUGACCUCCUCCACCACGUCUCGACGACAAGCGCUCAAUACUUCUACUUCUGCUUCUGCUUCCUCGUCUUCCAGGGAAAGAGAAGUGGAAGGACAAGAGGAUGAGGAAAAAGAAGGGGAAAGACCACCAUCAGAUCUCAAAUCUCGACUCCAGAACUUCCUGCCGCAACUACAAAAAGCCAACAAGGACCUAGAGACCUCAUCCGCAUCUGACAUGACGGUAUUGAUGGAGCGGAGGAUCGACUACGUCCCCGACGACGCCGAGCAAUAUAUUGAAAUGAACCUGGGUUUGGGGGUGUUGACUGAACAGAAGCCAUCCUUGGUCUCGACAAGAGUUGAAGAGGACGGGGUGGAAAUCAGGCUGAAGCGGGACUGGUCGAGUACGGAUGAUGAGGAAGAACAUGGCGGCAAUGACGAGGAUGAUGACGGCGAGUUUCUGUCUGGUGGUCCGAGACUGUCGCUGCCAGGGGAAGACUCUGAUACACGGGGAUCAAGUCCGGGUCAGGGUCAGGUUCAGGGUCAGGGUCCGGUUGAAGAUGUGUUGGCUCGAUUGAUGGGGGAAAGGGUGCAUAAAGGCGGUCGGACGAAGAGGAAAGUUGAGGAGUUGGGAUGA